AUGAGCUGCGUCCAGACACCAUCAGGUGCAGCAGGUUGCCAGGAGCAGUCAGGGGCAGUUUUAAAGAUGCUCGGGCGUGCAGCGCGCCGCCAGGUUGCAAGGUGCAGUCGGGUGCAGGGCGUGCCGGCAGGUUGCAGGGCGUGCCGGCAGGUUGCAAGGCUGCGUCAGAUGCAGCAGGUGCAGAUAUGCUUGCCCGCAGAUAGCAAGGUGCUGUCUGUGUGCUCGGGUUUCAUCGAUUUCAAGUUGCCCGCCUACUGUCGCAAACAUCUGCGGAUGAUUCUCUGGCAGUAUGCUCGGAGCUUUUCUUCCGAGCAGUUCUCAGCAUUCCUUGGUCAAGACUCUUCGGUAACAUAG